UAUUUUGUUACGAUCUGGACCGGAAGGGAGCGGUGGGACCAAUACGAGCUGAGUGAAAACAUGGCGUUAGGAGAUGCCUGGAAACAAUUAUCGUGGUUUUAUUACCAAUAUUUGCUCGUAACAGCUCUGUACAUGUUGGAGCCUUGGGAGAGAACCAUCUUCAAUUCUCUCCUGAUCACAGUGGCAGCUAUGGCCGUCUACACUGGUUAUGUGUUCAUGCCCCAGCACAUAAUGGCGAUUUUACACUAUUUUGAAGUGGUCCAAUGACGUCAUCUCCCGUCAUCAUCAGGAUGCUCGCCACCUCCCCCUGGUGGCCGGAAAACGAACUGCUCUAGAACUGUUCACCACGAUGUGAUGAUGGCUGUGAUUGCUUCAAACAAGGACACUUGUGUGUGUUGAAGGAGACCACCAUUGAGGAGUGUGUAAUUAUGUGUGUGUGGCCGUGUAGCCUCAUAUACGAGCACAGUCUGCAACUGCAAAAGCACACACUGCCCUGUCUAUAAAUGUACCCUUUUUAUAUAUAUAUAUGGAGACGUUUUUCUUUUUUUUUUUAAAUAAUGCUUUAGUUUUGUUUCAUGGCAGUGGUUUGUUCAGAUGAUAACUAUUUUUUCAUAUAAAUGUGUAUAUUUAAUUGUAUACAUAUUUGUAAAGUUUUAUAGAGAUUUAUUUUGGCUGACCUUAAAUGUUUUGGUUUGCCAUCGUGGACUGAUGAAUUAUUGAUACUGUCACCAACGGAAAUCUAUUUUUAUCAGACCCUUGUGAGUCAUGCGAUAAAUCAUUACCUACACUGAUGUAUGAUGUCAUUGUUGACACUUUACAACUGGUCGCUCAGGUUAUAAACCAGAGGAGGGGAGGGGGGGGGAAACGCUUAAUAAACCCUUUCUUUAAAGGUG